GACAUGUACUGCAAGUGUGGCAAGCUUGAGGAGGCUCGCAAGAUUUUCCACUCCAUGGGAACUCGGAGUGUUGUGUCCUACACUGCGAUCAUCCACGGCUGCGGCUUGAACGGGCAAGCUGAACUUGCUCUGGAGUACUACUCCGCCCUGAGAGCUUGUACCACCAUUCAACCCAACGAUCGGACUCAUGUCGCGGUGAUCAGCGCCCUGAGAGCUGAUAACACCAUUCAAGCUGAUGCUUGGACCUACACGUGCGUCCUUGUUGCUUGCGGGAGUGUGAUGGCGAUCAAGCUCGGGAGGGAGAUUCACCAGCUGGUGAAGCAUAAAGGGCUGCUGAAAAACAAUCCAGUUCUGGGCUCCAGCCUGGUGAGCUUCUACGGCAAAUGCGGUGAUGUUGAUUCUGCUCAGGAAGCGUUUGACGAGUGCCGAGCUCGGGACGACACGGGUCUCUGGAACUCUCUCAUACAGGCUUACACUCUCCAGGGCCGAUCGAUCGAGGCCUUGGAGCGUUUCUAUUCCAUGACUCAGGAGGAGGGCUGUAAAGCUGACGAUGUGAGUUUUGUUUCGGUGUUGAACGCUUGCAGCCAUGGUGGUCUGGUCGGGAAAGGAAGGCAGCUUCUGGAUGAAAUGCCCAAGCAGUAUGGAGUCAAGCCACGUCUGGAGCAUUAUGUGUGCCUGAUCGAUAUGCUCGGGCGAGCUAACCUCCUCGACGAAGCUGUGAGAGUUCUCAGAGCCAUGCCUUUUGAACCGGACGCAGUGGUUUGGACGUCCCUGCUCGGAGCCUGCCGGAAGUGGAAGAAUUACACGAUCGGCAAACUCGCGUUUGAGCGUCUUGUGGAGAUGGAUCCCAAGAGCGGCACGCCCUACGCAUUGAUGGCCAAUAUAUUUGGAAACCUGGGGAUGCUCAGUGAAAUGGCCGCUGUUGUGGAGAGAAUGAGAGGUGAAGGCAGCUUCAGGGAGCCCGGGAGAAGCUGGUGGACGGAUGUUAGCUCAGGAAAAGUGCAUUCUUUUUCUGUUGGGGAUAGGAGUCACUCACAGAGCGACGAGAUUGCGGCCAAGCUCAAGCAAUUGUUGCUGAGAAUGAAAGAGGAGGGGUACGCGAGCGAUGUGAUCAACGUUCUAAAAGACAUACCCGAGGAAGAGAAAGAGGAUCACCUGUGCGGCCACAGUGAGAAGCUUGCGCUGGGGUGUGCUCUGGUGAACUCGCACCAGAAGGAGACCAUCAGAAUUGUGAAAAAUCUCCGAGUUUGUGACGGUUGCCAUGCGGCCACUGCUCUCAUCUCUAAGCUGGAAAAAAGGCUAAUCAUCUGCAAAGAUGCCAGUCGGGUUCAUGUGUUCCAGGAUGGCAGAUGUUCCUGUGACAACUACUUUUAAAACAUGUCAGUGCUCUUUCUUGCAGUUAUCCCUGGUUU